GGGGCUGUAAAAUGUUCAGGCACCACACGAUUCGAAUCGCUUCGGUUUUCAAUUCAAUAUUUUAAUAAACAAUAAGCUACAAUCAUUAAAAUCAUAACCAAUAAAGGCUUGCCAUAUCUCACUUUGCAUGUAAGAGUUAAAAUCACAUUUCACUAAAUGUUAGUCAUGUGUAAUUUCCACAUUUUUUUUUGUUAAAUUCUACUGAAGAAUACAUUUAUUUUUUUAAAAUUACCUUUUUUUCCUUCCAUGCUAUGUAUGUGGCUUUGAAAGGUCAUGUUACCUCUGAACUCAACAUAAUGGAGGCUAAUUCAUUUUUUUUCCCCCAAAAUAAAAUCAAUAAGAAAACCGUUAAGGAACCGAAACGUUAGGCGGAAUCCAACGUGGAACCAGAAAAAUCUUAUCACUUCCCAUUCCUAGUGACAUUUUACAUGCAAUUCUUUACGCAAAUUGGGACCCCACACAAAUCCAGGGCCCUUUGCACAGCGUGUUAUCUGCCUACAGGGAGGGGUUGUCCUGUACACAUGAGGGGCAAAGACAUGUAAGAAGCAUGUUAAAUUUUGUAAACUGAAAUAAGCAUUGGAAACAAUAAAAAAGUUGGCACUUGUGCGGGUAGCUUGAUGCUAACAUAUAAUGGACAAUCCCAUUGACAGGCUCACAUAAAUUAGCAUUGUGAUCAUUUUUAACUCUUAAAAAUGUGUAUUCAGUGAAAUUUGAAGUGAACAAAUUUUACAUAAAAUAACAUAUUAACUGGCAUAUACUCCCCAAACUGUGGAAUUGAAGCGAUGACUGCUGACUUUGUGCUAAACGAGCUCGGCGAGUCUGCUACUCUGCACUGUGUGCUGACUGGCUACGAAAGCUGUUGCCUCAAACCUCAAACAUAUGAAAUUCUUUAACAAAUAACACAACCGAUGAGAUCAUCACAUUUGCCUUUACAAAGAUAAUAUUCUCAUUUCUGUUUAAAAACAGUGGUUUAAGUUGGCCUACGUCAUUCUACUGUGGCUACAAAUUCAGCUUACCACCACCAUUGUGUGAAUGUGGAGUGACUGAAGGAUCAGUUCUCAGUUUUCGGUGAAGAGCUUUGAGUUUCUAGAAAAGUUCUAUAUACAUUUUAUCCAUUAUUUUAUUGUCUUUGGAAAGGAAUAUUUUGGAUUUUCAAGCCAAUAUAGUGGCCUGUGAGUGAAUGGGCAAAGAAGAAGUUGGACAUUUUACAGCGAGUGAACAUUUUUUUAUUUUGGAUUCAGUAUGUUGCGUCAUCUACUUUCAAAAUGGUGCUGCAGGUUGUUGGUGGUAAAUCAUCAGUUAAGUCACCGGCUCAAAGGUCUUUUGGGAGGUGUCUCUGGAAUGUUCCCGUACAGACCUUCAGUCCAUGCAACACCACUUUCUUCUCCACUCCUUGUCCCUGAAAGCAGACGCAGCAUUCAAUCCAACAUGGAUGUCUCAGCUGAUGACAAAAUAGAGCGACGUGAUCGAUCGGACAGCUCGGGUUCUGAAAACCAGAGGUCAGAGAUUAGCCAGGUGCAGGUCCACGUCUCGGCCAAGGAAGAGCACGCCUCACCAGACUACAUGGACACUAAGGACGGGAAAGCUCGGAGCCGCUCUUCGUCCUCUUCUUCUUCUUCAUCUAGCAGCCAUGACGAAGAAGAGAAGAAGGCAGUGGUGAAAGUGGAGGAUUCUCCCAAGGAGCCAGAUGUUGUUCACCAUGAGGAGGCCAAACUAGAGGAGAUGAAUGGCGGGUCCAGACGCUCCUCUGCAUCUUCUGCCUCCUCCGCCUCUCCUAAGGAGGACAACGCCGAGGACGGGAUGCUGAUGGCCUACAAGCACUCGGACACCAAGGCGGAGGAGUCUGUGGACUACAGCCUGAAGACUCUAGAGAACGUCAGCCUGGACGAGAGCAGCGUCGCUCCGGCUGAACCUGCACAUCCGGAGAUCUCGCUCUUUGUCAAGGCGGGCAUCGAUGGUGAGAGCAUUGGCAACUGUCCUUUCUCGCAGCGUCUCUUCAUGAUCCUCUGGCUCAAAGGAGUCGUCUUCAACGUCACCACCGUGGACCUUAAGAGGAAGCCAGCAGAUCUGAACAACCUGGCCCCCGGCACGCACCCGCCAUUCCUUACCUACAACGGAGAGGUCAAGACAGACAUCAACAAGAUCGAGGAGUUCCUGGAGGAGAUGCUAGCACCCCCCAAGUAUCCCAAACUGGCGGCCAAGCAAAGAGAGUCCAACACGGCCGGUAAUGACAUAUUCGCCAAGUUCUCGGCCUUCAUCAAGAACACCAAAGUGGAGGCCAACGAUGCACUGGAGAAAGGUUUAACGAGGGCCCUGAGGAAGCUGGAAGACUACCUGAACAGCCCCCUGCCUGACGAGAUCGACGCAGACAGCAGGGAGGAGGAGAAGCCCUCCAGGCGAAGCUUCCUGGACGGGAAUGAGCUGACCCUGGCAGACUGCAACCUGCUGCCUAAACUGCACAUAGUCAAGGUGGUGGCUAAGAAGUACCGCAACUACGACAUUUCCUUGGACAUGACGGGCAUCUGGCGGUACCUGAAGAAUGCGGCGGCGCGCGACGAGUUCACCAACACAUGCGCGGCUGACUCAGAGAUCGAGAUGGCGUACAAAGACGUGGCUAAAAGGCUUGCCAAGUAGAUAACAACCUGGUCCCAAUUCUUUUCCACGAGUGUGUCCCCAUGGCAGAGUUUAUGUCCAAGGGUGUCCACAUGAGACACAUCAUCUUUGGUAUUUAUUUUCUAUCCCGACACAAAGCUGCCUUUCAUGCGUGUUGUAAAGCGUUGACUCACAGUGGUGUCAAGGUGGUCAGCUUUAUUUAUCCUUACGCCCACUAGUCUAGUCUGACUCCACUGUUUAUUAUUGAUCUUUGUCUGACACACUCAAACUUCAACAUGCUCCUCCUCUUCAUGCUCAUUAAACUUUACUCGUUUUGUUUCCUCA